CGCAGACUGGGGGUCUCCAACCGGGCAACUGACAAAAAAACAGCAACUAGGUAAUUAGGUUGGCAAAAGUUGGCACGGUUGGUAACAGCAACAGAUGUUUAUGUCUUUACUUGACGCUCAAACGUUUUUGAUAAGUUUUUCUUUCUGGCGGAACUCUUCUGCCCUAGUAAAUACAAGAAACUGUUGUUGUUGGUUUUACAACAAACAAAAAAGGGUUCCUAAACGUGUGUCUGAAGGAGCGACUAGAAUGGUUUUGUUGGCCUCCACAACUGGUAAGGGAUGGUUACCCCCAAAAAGCCGUGUAAGUGAAGCCGGACAAGAACGAGACCUGGCCACGAGACCUCGUCUUCCACAGAAGCAUGAAAUGUCGAAGCCGAGAUAGUCUCUCUCGCGUGGCCGCGCUUCUUGUGAUGGGGUAUCUCUUUUUUUUGCAAGUGAAAAUAACAGAUGAUGUUGGAGGUCUUCUAUAAAAGAAGAGUCCGUUGUCAUUGUUAGGGGUCAUAAAGUCGUA